AUGAAGGAGGAUUACGAUAUUGUUGAUAUUACGGAUGACGUUGGGUUGGAUGAUGUGUCAAUUCGAAAAGCUUUCGAAUCGGGUAGUGAUUUACGGCAAUAUUCAGCGGAACUGCAAGAACAGCUUCGAUCGGCUCAUUUACUUGCAGUGAAAGAUUGUAUCGAUCAAGCGGAGAAACUUGCUGAAUUACAUGAAGAAAUUACCGCAUGUGACGAUGCAUUCGCACAACUGGAAGGAAUGCUUCGAAGUUUUCAAUCAGAACUGGGCACAAUUAGUUCAGACAUGAGAAGACUGCAACAGCAGUCAGUCGAUAUCAGUCAACAAUUGCAAAAUCGACAAAAAAUUCGAGGAGAAUUGAGCCAGUUUGUUGAUGACAUGGUUGUAUCUCAGAAUAUGAUACAAAUAAUCGUUGAACGAGAUGUUGGCGAACGUGAAUUUCUUGAACAACUCCACGAACUUCAACAUAAGCUGCAAUUCCUUAAAGCACAAGAAUUCCGUGACGCAAAAGCUACUUCUGAUGUACACGAUGUUAUCGAGAAUUUGAAAUACAAGGCAAUGGCGAAAAUAAGAGAGUGGCUGCUUUUGAAGAUUUCGUCUCUCAAGAAACCACUAACAAAUUAUCAAAUUCCACAAGGAGCACUUCUUAAAAAUCGGUUCUUUUACGAAUUUUUGCUGGCAAAUGACAGACAUUUAGCUCGAGAAGUUCGGGAUGAAUACGUUAAUGUUAUCAGUAAAAUGUUUUUCACUUAUUUCAAAACAUAUGCGUCCAGAUUGUUCCGCUUGCUGUUAGAUGAUGUAGCUACUAAAGAUGACCUUUUGGGCGCAGAGAAUACGAUAAAGACAACUAGUAUUUUCAGUUUAAAAUCUCAAGUGCGGAAUCGGGCAACUGUUUUUUCUCUGGGUAAUCGAGAUGGCUUGUUAUCAUCUGAUUUAAUGUCCCCACUUAUUGUACCGCAUGCAGCACAACAAGGAAAUGAACGGAAAUCAUGCGAAGAGCAUAUAUCUUCUAAUUAUGAUGCUAUAUCACUGUACAUAUGCAUUGGUCUAUGUUCAAAAUACAAAGAAUUAAUGAUUGAAAGAAGAGUUCCAGCUCUCGAGAGUUAUUGGGAUACGUUAAAUUGUACGCUAUGGCAUCGUUUUGAUGUUGUUAUGGGGUUGCAUAAUUCAAGCUUACGUGAUCUUGACGUGCACAAAAUGCAGCUACAACCAGAUACUCAUCCACAUUAUG